UUGCAGGUGGAGUACAUAUGCAGGAUGGUGAAGAACAGCCAGCUUACCUUUGGUGGAAUACAGUUGGUGUUUGUGGGUGAUUGGUUCCAACUACUACCUGUUCCCAAUCCUUCAAUACGGUCCUCUGGCAGAUAUUGUUGUGAAUCAAACUUUGGGGAUCUAUUAUGGAACACAAAGUGCUUUUGACAGAGUUUGAUCACUGAUAUCAAUGAAACUGAAAAGGGAAUUCCAUCUCACCAAACAAAUUUAUUCAUCCAAGGUUUAUUAAGACCUCUACCCCAUGGGGAGAAACAUACAGUGUUAUAUGAUGAAAACAUAGAGGUUGACAUUCAUGAUGUCAUGAAACUUAAUACACUGUCAGAUAAACUGAAGGCUUACAAAUCAGAGGACUCGGGGAACAAAGAAAAAUUGAAGAAUACCACAGUUAAGGAAACUUUGUUCCUUAAAGUUGACUGUCCUGUUAUUUUGUUGCGCAACUUGCAAAAAGGACUGGUCAAUGGCCUGGAGGAAGGGUGGCAAAGGUAGAAGAUGAUGGACCUACAGCUGCUUUCCCCCCACACCACAAAAAAAAAUGAGCAAAGCAUGUUUUUCAGUUUAUAAUGCAGAGGAAAAUAUCACUGAAUCUGAAAGAUACCAGUAUCCAAUUGCCCCUGCC